UUACUGUUAAAUUAUUGUGAUUCGCCGGUUCACAGAGCAGUUAUUUUAUUGAUUUGGAGUUGUAACACGAUACUAUCAUGACUAUUGACUAAGUGAACGUUCGUUAUAGUUCACACCUCAGUCUAAUGGUUAUCCAUGAUUGAAGCCAGUUACAGCAAUGUUCAAAGGAAGUACAUGUAUAGGAUUUAUUGAACAGCAGUAUACAGGAUAUGAAGUUAAAAUGGAAAAUUAUAGUUUUGAUCAAUAUUAUCUUCAUCUUUUUUGUUUCAUUUAAAAUUUUACAACCUGAGAAUGAGGAUGAAGAUGUAUGGGGAGAUAAUCCAUUACCAACUUCAGCAUCGAGGGAAAGUAGACAGCUGGUUAAGAUUUUGCAGGAGAAAUACAUGUUAAAAUCAGAAUAUUGUCAAUCUGAUGAUGAUCCAUGGAAGAUUGCAGCUGAUUGGGUUAAAAGAAGAGAGAUUAUCCCUGAAAAUGCUCCAAAACUAGGUUGUGUUUUGCAUUCCUUGAAAAGUGGGAAGAUUUUAUCUGCAGAUGUUGGUUAUAAAGGGACACAACUCAAAUUAACAUUGCAGUUAGAAGGUGGGCAGAGAGUUAUAUUUAAACCAAAGUGGUUUGAAAGAGACUUUGUGCAAGAAACUAUUAUUUCUGGUGGGGAUAGACAUAAUGGAGAAAUUGCUACAUUUCAUCUUGGCAGGCUUCUUGAAUUCAGAAGAACACCAAUAGCAGUUGGCAGGAAAAUAAAUUUGAAAACAGAAAUCAUUCCAGUAGCUACUGAGAGAUUACUGAAGACAUUCUUUACCAAAGGUCGAAAUCAGUGUUUUUAUGGUAAAUGUUUGUAUUGUAAGGAUGAAUCUACUGGAGUCUGUGCUGAGGGAGAUAUUUUAGAGGGUGUCAUUAUACUUUGGCUGCCCAAUACAUAUCCCCUGAAAGUAUAUCCUAGUCCAUGGCUAAGAUCAUAUAAAGCUGGAGUGACUAAAAGGUGGGAGAGUAACAAGGAUUUUUGUAAAGAUGUGAUAAUGAGACAACCUUAUGAUUCUGGACCAAUUUUAAUGGACCUGAUAGAUGCUACUAUAGUGGACUAUUUAAUAGGCAAUGCAGACAGACACCAUUACGAAACGUUAGGGACAAAAAGUGAUAGUAUGGUGCUGAUUUUGGACAAUGGCAAGAGUUUUGGAAAUCCAGACUAUGAUGAAUACACAAUACUGGCACCUCUGUACCAGUGCUGCAAAAUUCGAGAAUCCACAUGGCAGACCUUACUUAUGCUGCGUAAUACAGUGCUCAGCAAGACAUUGCAGACUCUUUUAAGUCAGGAUUCUAUUGAACCUGUUCUUCAUGACAAAUAUUACGCAGCUUUAGACAGAAGACUAGAGAGAAUUUUACUGGAGGUCAAUGAAUGUAUUGUGUCGAAAGGUUUACAUCAAGUAAUAACUGAUACCAGUACACAUUCAUAGCUUACAAUUGGAUCCAGUGUUAAAACAGUCAAGGCAGCAUUAUAUGACAGACUUUAUAACAUGUAAAACUGAUGUCAAGAGUCUUCCAAUCCUUCAAAAUGUAGGGCUUUCAGUGUUUUAUCAAAUCAAAAUAGAAGUGUACAAUCAACUGUGCAAUUAUUUCAUCAUUUUAUCAUCAGACAAAACCAAACUACAAAAUUGAAAUGAUGAGGUAGGUUUUCUAAAGUUCCUCAGUAAAAAAUUAUAUUAUCUUUGAUGAAUAUAGGUACCAUAUUUCCGGCAAACUUUCUCUUGCACAAAAUUGCCUACCUCAUCUACAAUUUAACUGGUUUGAGAUACAAAAUAUUUUUUAUGGCUUUCAUUCGAAUUUUUUUAAUUUAUCUCCCUUACAACAAAUAUGUGACUGACAAUGUCUUUCCCUUUUCUUAGUUUUAAAAUCAUUGAUUUUUGAAUCCAUAUUUGGAUUUAUACAAUUUAUACACAUGUCUUUCAUGAAUAAUAAAUAAAUAAUUUACAUAUCAA